AUGCCGCCAGGUUUUGCCGUGAAGUUCUUACUCCUGUGUACGUGUGUCCGGGCAGUGAGGUAUGAUACUGAGGAGGAAGGUUUAUUGGCCAUGGAGGAACAGGCCGAGAAAGAAGCGGUCAGAAACAAGCGGCUGUACUUCCACCGAAUCAAUACCUACUACCUGGUGGACCAUUCCACCCAGUGCGCCCAACUCUGCCGGCUCACAGCGGACUGCAAGUCCUACCAGUACCGCCAGGGGGAGCAGCGCUGCGAGAUCAACAAUGCCACCAUGAGAGAGUUUCCCUCCCACAGCAAAACUCUGACAGGAUGGAGCUACUACAAGCGCAACGCGAUAGCUUUCUUUGGCAUCUGGAGCCCCUGCCCCCAGGAAAGCGACCCCUGUCGGAACGGCGGGAUCUGCACCUCCCGUCUGCUGAAGACGCAGCAGACGGAGCCGAACCACUGCCGCCCCACCUGCGUCUGUCCCGCCGGUUUCCAUGGAGACGACUGUCAGACGGACGCGCGGGAUAAAGUCGGAUGGAAACAGCACGGUUUAUACGCCUUUAAGGUGUUCUCUGAUAACGUUACGCCUAAGAGGUACAAUGAGGCAAGGACUGCCUGUGCCGACGAAGGAGCAACACUCGGGAUCUUGAAGGACGAAGACACGCACGACUUCGUCUUGGCCCUCAAAAACAUGACGGCGCCGAGCGAGAAACUUUGGAUCGGGUUGAGCGACAGUGAAGUCGAAGGUAGUUUUGCCUGGGAAGACGGCAGUCCUCUCGGAGAUUUCAGCCAGUGGGUGCCGGGUCAACCAAACAGCCAGUCCAACCGAAACUGCGUCUACAUCACGCCUCAGCACGCCACACACCCCAGCCAGUGGGGCGACAGGUCCUGCUCCAGUCGCCAUGUGGCAGCUUACGUCUGUCAGAAAAAAUUGUCCUUUUGGUCCCGAGCGAAGGUUGUCGGUUCGUCGGGAAGUUCUGAUGACGCCACUCACAGUGCCGACAGGACGACAGACGGGCACAGUCUCACCUACUGGCGGCCGGACGACUCCAAUCGGUACUUCAACAACUGGUAG